UCCUGGGAUGGGAAUGGGGGGUGGGCUUGGGGUGGUGGCCCCACCUUCAUCCCCAAACCCGUCAGCUGGGCCGACGAGACCGAUGACCUCGAUGCCUCCACCACGUGGCACAGCAACGACGACGACGUUUACCGGGGGCCGCCCAUCGACCGCACGCUGCUGCCGACGGCGCCGCGCGCCGCCCGCGAGCCCAACAUCGACAGAAGCCGCCUCCCCAAAUCCCCCCCGUACACGGCAUUCCUGGGAAACCUGCCCUACGACGUCACUGAGGAGUCCAUCAAGGAUUUCUUCCGAGGCCUCAACAUCAGCGCCGUGCGGCUCCCGCGGGAACCGACCAACCCCGAGCGCUUGAAAGGCUUCGGAUACGCGGAAUUCGAGGACAUCGACUCCCUCUUCCAGGCCCUGAGCCUCAACGAGGAGUCUUUAGGGAACAGAAGGAUACGAGUGGAUGUGGCGGAUCAAGCUCAGGAUAAAGACCGGGAUGAUCGCUGUUUCGGGCGGGACCGGGACCGUUUCCGGGACUCGGAGCGGUUGGAGAGCGACUGGAGAGCUCGGCCGGCGGCUCCCGACGCCUUCGACGACUUCCCGCCGCGCCGGGGGGACGACGGAUUCGGGGACAGAUACCGGGAUCGUUACGAUGACCGGUACCGGGAUGGGCCCCGGCGGGACAUGGAUCGAGGAUUCGGGAGCCGGGAUCGCUACGACGACCGGAGCCGGGACUACGACCGAGGUGGGACAUUCCCA